AUGAGUGACAGCCAAAAUUGUGGGCUUCGUUCUUCCGCUUCGCUUCAGGUUUUCCGCCCUUAUCCGACAUUCGAUCUACAGCUGUGCUCCGCUCCCGACGCGACAUUCACAAUACUUAUUUCCGCUAUCCUUUCUCAUUUUGAAUUCAUUUCCUUCUUCCUUUGUGUUUUACAAUAUUUCAAAUCAUUCACUAUGCCUCUUACCACCCAUUUCACUCUGAACACUGGCGCGAAGAUCCCAACUGUGGGAUUCGGAACAUGGCAAGCCAAGCCGUUGGAGGUCGAAAACGCCGUUGAAGUCGCCCUCAAGCAAGGAUACCGUCACAUUGACUGUGCUGCUAUCUACCGCAAUGAGACAGAGGUUGGAAACGGCAUCAGCAAGUCGGGUGUUGCCCGUAGUGAGAUUUUUAUCACUGGCAAGCUGUGGAACACCAAACAUGCACCCGAGGAUGUUGAGAGCGCAUUGGAUAAGACUCUGAAGGACCUGGGUGUGGAUUAUCUUGACUUAUAUUUGAUGCACUGGCCUUGUGCGUUCAAGGGCGGAGACAAAUGGUUCCCUCUCAACGAAGAUGGAGUGUUUGAACUCGCGCCAGUCGAUUAUAUCACAACAUACAAGGCAAUGGAAAAGUUACUUGCUACAGGCAAGGUGCGCGCCAUUGGAGUGUCCAACUUUAAUGUCCGACGCCUGGAAGAACUUCUUGGUCAGGUCGACGUGGUGCCUGCUGCCAAUCAAAUUGAAGCCCACCCGUACCUCCAACAGACCGAGCUACUUCAGUUCUGUCAGAGCAAAGGCAUCAUCGUCGAGGCUUACUCCCCAUUGGGCAAUAACCAGACCGGGGCCCCACGAACCGUCGACGACCCUCUUGUCCAUACCGUCUCCAAGGAGAUUAGUCUCGAUCCAGGUGCCUUGCUUGCUAGCUGGGGUGUCCAGCGUGGUACCGUGGUUUUGUCCAAGAGCGUUACUCCCUCUCGCAUUGCCUCCAACCUUCAAGUCCGCGAGUUGUCCGAGGAUGCGUUUGCGAAACUCACCUCUUUGGAACGACACAAGCGUUUCAACUUCCCUGCUAUCUGGGGCUAUGACAUCUUCGAGGAAGCGGGGGAGGAGGCAGUGCGUAAGGCUGCCCUUGAGGCAGGCCCUGCAAACAAGACCAAGUUCACGGUCUAA